CCGCGCUCAGGGCGGAGCCAGCCGGUUGCUAGGACUUGGCGAAGCCCAGCGCUCGCGAGGUCUCCUUUAGGUGGCUGCAGGAUUCAGCCCUCGCCGGGCCAGCCAGAGCAGAAAUGUCAGGGAAGGAGAACAACUUCCCGCCCCUGCCCAGGUUCCUGCCGCUCAAGCCCUGCUUCUACCAGGACGUCGCCAGCGAGAUCCCCGCGGAGCACCAGGUGCUGGUGAAGAGGAUCUUCCGGCUGUGGAUGUUCUACUGUGCCACCCUGGUGGUGAACCUCGUCGCCUGCCUGGCCUGGUGGAUCGGCGGAGGCGCAGGCGCCAACUUCGGCCUGGCGCUGGUCUGGCUGCUGCUCUUCAGCCCCUGCAGCUACGUGUGCUGGUUCCGUCCGGCCUACAAGGCCUUCCGAGCCGACAGCUCCUUUAACUUCAUGGCCUUCUUCUUCCUCUUCGGAGCCCAGUUUGUCCUGACUGUCCUCCAGGCCGUUGGCUUCUCAGGAUGGGGCGCGUGUGGCUGGCUGGCAGCGAUCAACUUCUUUCAGACCAGCAUUGGGGCUGCCGUGGUCAUGCUGCUUUCAGCCAUCAUGUUCUCCCUGUCUGCCGCCAUGAUGGCAGUUGCCAUCAUGAAGGUGCACAGAAUCUACCGUGGGACUGGUGGAAACUUCCAGAAGGCACAGACGGAGUGGAGCACCGGUGCCUGGCGGAACCCCCCUUCCCGGGAGGCCCAGUACAACAACUUCUCGGGGAACAGCCUGCCCGAGUACCCCACUGUGCCCAACUACCCGGCCAGUGGCAGCCAGUGGCCUUAGAGGGA